AUGUGGCUCGAGGCAAAUAAUGCGAAUGACAAGUCGGGGAUAGCCAAAAUCAACUCACUCACGGCCUCCCUUUUUCUGGCGGCCUUGGCCUUGGCCUGUGUUAUCCAGACGCUGCGAUCCUCUGCCUACACAGCUCGAGCCGUGGAGGAGAUACGGACGAGACCAUCAGAGCCAGAACCACCCACACAAGUGUUCACUGCACACGGCCACUCGUCACAAGUCCUCCCCAUGGCUCCCGGGCGUCUCCCACAGCUGCUUGUGUUGAGGAAAGCGAUGGGAUGGACUCUCCUGCAGGAUUACUGCACAGCUAACAAGGCUAAUGUGGCUAACAAGGGCCAGCAUAUCCAUGGGGCCAGCCCACCGCAGCGUCUCAGCUGA